ACGAGUUGUAUUGUGAUGUCAGAGCAGCCCUUCCGUGUCACAAUGUAACAGCCUCCGUGCCUCCCACUGGCCCCCAUCACAUCUUGCCCUUUGCACUAGGCACUGCAGGCUGCCAGGUUUAUUCCUGGGAACCCUCUUGAGCUUUCAAGAGGUGAGCCUAGGCCAGAGAAGGGUGUGGCAGCUUGGGGCAGGGGUAGGCCUGAAAUCGUGGGCUCACCCUGCCCAGUCACACAGGUUCUGACCUUGGUCCUUCUUUUACUCAGACAGGUCUGGGGCUAGGACAUGAGCUCCCAGGAGACCCCACAAGCUCGGAGAUUCCCCAUAGAGGCAGGAGAUUCUCCCAGCCUGGCAGCUGCUCCAGAGACCCAGGAGCCAGUUGCCACUGAGCACACUGCAGCAAGGCAGCUGAGAAGAUGCCCCGGGUGCCACUGCCUGACCCUGCCCAACGUUCCUAUUGACGUUUACAUUGCUAUGGGCGGGAACAGGAGGCCACGGACCACCUAACGGUUCCCCUGAGUUGGGCUCGAGUGCUGAGACCGCCGAGCUGGUCACCCGAAACACCCUGACAGCUGGAGAACCGCAAAGGACGCCGCCACACAAAACAGUGACGCACAUUUUAAU